AUAAUUUGUUCAGACAUGACAUGGUGAUGUUGAAGAUUCGUAGAUGAGACUUGAUCGGAUCCGUUGAGCAAUUGAUGUGUUAUCUCCUUCGUCCUUCCAAACCCGUAUCAUUUCUGAAAUCAGCGCAGGAACCCUAAGCCUAACAUGCGCCCAAAUUGUUGCCACGUUUCCCUAGCUUUCCUUCUCAAAUUCCUGAAUUUUCUUCAAGCCUUCGUUGGGGUUUCCAUUCUGCUCUACUCAAUAUGGAUGUUCAAUCAAUGGGAUCAUCACGUGCCCCAACCUCCUCUUCCUCCCAUUCCUCAUCUUUCUCUCCGUCACGGGUUUGGCUUCUCUGUCGAUUCUAUCAACCUCCCCGCUCCUUGGUUCAUCUACGCUUUCAUGGGAGUGGGAAUAUUGGUGUGCUGCAUUACUUUCUUGGGUUGCAUUGCAGCUGAAUUGAUUAAUGGUUGCUGCUUGUGUUUUUACACUCUACUCAUCACAGUACUCCUUCUACUUGAGGCUGCUCUUGUGGGAUUCAUUGCGGUUGAUCAUCAUUGGGAAGAGGAUAUUCCGAUCGAUCCAACGGGUCAACUUGAGAGCCUUCGGUCUUUCAUUGAAGAUAACCUAGACAUAUGUAAAUGGGUUGGUAUUGCUGUGCUUGUAAUUCAGGCAUUAUCUCUACUAUUGUCAUUAAUUUUACGAGCCACAAUUUCUACACGGAGAGCAGAUGUUGAUUAUGGGGAUGAAUAUGAUGUUAGGGAUAGAAGUUGGGAGCCCCUAUUGAAUCCUCAACCUGGUCAACCAUCUGGGUUGAGCAAAGGAGAUAACAGAGCAAAUCACUCUGACAUUUGGAGCUCACGGAUGAGAGAGAAGUACGGGUUGAAUAGUGGUGAUAAGCACAGCUACCAAGCAUGAAUUCCAGGCAAUGAAUGCUACUAGCCGUCAAAUGAUUCAGUGUUGUGUUGACAUCUUAGUACAUAUGUAUAUCUUUUGUUUUGAUGUUUCUCUGGAAAAUUUGUUAUAUAUGCUAUAUAGUCAUGGUAAGCAUUUUAAAUUAAUCAUAUUAUUGAAACUUGAGAAUUUUGUACUAAAUUGCAUAGCAAAAGAGAAAAAUGAAACAAAAAAACAAAAACAUAAUGAUAAAAGUGCAGUUCCAUAACAGAAUUUUUUUUUUUUUUUUAUUGACAUUGGUAUAUGGUACGAUGGCUUGGCAUCCAGCUAUAUAGCUAGGAUAUUUAACUUGUAGUUUGUGUGGUUUGAACUUUAGUUUGUCUAUAUU